AUGGAGCUCAAGUGCCUUUUGAUGUGGCUCUUGUUUGGAUUUGUCACGGGGAACAAGCCAGCAAAGUGCCCAGAUCCUCCAAGGACUGAAUUUGCUGAUGUUACUGCGGACACAUAUCAAGUGGAGACCAGGUUGUACUAUGAAUGUGACAGCGGCUACACAAGAAGAAGUGGCCAGUACUCAGGAAUUCGGUGUCAGAAGAUACAACAGGUUGCUUCUUGGGACUACAAGACAUUUGAAUGCAUUGAUGAGAAAACUCUGUUGUCAACGGCUCCCACGAUGGAGUUAGAUCUCACACAGAAGUCACCAAGAACAACGCAGAGCCCUGCACCCCAGAAGCGACAAAACCUGCCAGAGUUUGAGCAGAAAGAUGUUUGUGGUCCUCCUGAUGCUAUUAUUCCACACGCGUCUUUAAGCCAGAAGGCACAGUAUUACGUGGGACAAGUAUUACGUUUCAAAUGCCAGAGCGGUUACGAUAAGCUUCCCCCUACCUCUGGCAACCGCACGUGCAAGGAGGAGAAUGGUAAAAUCAUCUGGACCCCCCUGGACAUACGAUGCACCAACGACAGCGGUAAGUGGCUGUCACAGACUAUCAAGCCAGGUUCGACUAAUCCAUCCUUUUCCUCGCCUGUGAUAUUGCCAGUGACAGGGCUGGUGAAAUAG